UUUUGGCCUCUAUCCUCUCAGCCCAUCUCCUUAUUUAUGAGCACAACCCUUCUCCUUCGCCUUCUUUCUCCAUAGCCACUGCCACUUUCAUCAGGAAGAAGCUAAGAAGAUAUCAACAACAAACACUUCUGUUUUCCCCUCUUCAACUUCCUCUUCCUGGUUCUUAUAUGGGUCGGUCACCCUGCUGUGACAAAGUCGGCUUAAAGAAAGGUCCAUGGACUCCUGAAGAAGACCAAAAACUCUUAGCUUAUAUUGAAGAGCACGGCCAUGGCAGUUGGCGUGCCUUGCCUGCUAAAGCAGGUCUUCAAAGAUGUGGGAAAAGUUGCAGGCUUCGAUGGACUAAUUAUCUUCGACCUGAUAUCAAGCGAGGAAAAUUCAGUUUACAAGAAGAACAGACCAUCAUUCAACUCCAUGCCCUACUAGGGAACAGGUGGUCGGCUAUAGCGACUCACUUGCCGAAGAGAACAGAUAACGAGAUCAAGAAUUACUGGAACACCCAUCUCAAGAAACGGCUGACGAAAAUGGGGAUUGAUCCUGUCACCCACAAGCCAAAAAACGACGCUCUUCUUUCGAGCGACGGUCAAUCGAAGAAUGCUGCCAAUUUGAACCACAUGGCGCAGUGGGAAAGCGCCCGACUGGAAGCUGAAGCGAGGCUGGUUCGAGAGUCAAAACUCCGUUCACAUUCUUUUUACCCUUCUGCUGCUUCCACUUCAGCUUCAGCUUUGAACAAAACCGCGGCUUAUGCUGCUGGUUCGACUUCAAUCGGUCAUGGCGGCGGCGUUGAUUUAGAGUCUCCGACUUCAACGCUCAGUUUCUCUGAGAAUAAUAAUAACAAUAAAGUAGCCGCGGCUAGUGGGAUUGGAAUCAAUUCGUUGAACAUGAUCGAGUUCGUUGGCUCUUCUGGAUCAUCCCCCCAUCAUCAUCAGAAUCAGAGUGGAGGAUUGAUUAAAGAAGAAGAUGAUCAAGUACAAGAUUGGAAAUACAAAGAGGGAAUUGAAAAUUCUUUGUCUUUUACUUCAAGUAUUCAUCCUGACAUGACACUUCCAAUGGAGAAUCCAUGGACUCCUGAGUCUUCGAGGACAAAUAAUGGCACUGCCAAUAUGGAGGAAAAUUUCACCAAUCUUCUGCUUAAUGACUCUAUCGACGAUGGCGGCCGGAGUCUGUCGGAUAGUUGCAAAGAUUCCGAGAAUAGUGGCGGCGCUUGCGGCGGUGGAAGUGAUAGUGGUAGUGACUAUUAUCAAGACAAUAAUAACUAUUGGAACAACAUUCUGAAUUUGGUGAAUUCUUCUCCAUCUGACUCCCCUAUGUUCUGAUGAUAAUAAUAAAAAUAAUAAUUUCAUCAAGACUCCUCAGUAAUUAAUUUGUUUCCUCCAUUGUUGAACAUUAUUAUUAUUAUUUUUAGAUCACAGCAAUUGGGAAUUUCAAUUUCAUUAAUGUUUUGUGUCAAGAACAUCAUGAAUAUCAAGUUUUAAUAUGUUGCUA